AUGGGAGGUGUGCCCUCGACCCCGCGGAGAGGUUCGCAGCCGCGAGAAACGGCGGAGUUCCUGAUCGGCGCGCUCGUGGGGGACGAAUCGUACCCGGUCACGUCGAGCUUAUGGGAGAAGCUCCUUGACGUGCCACUCACCCUGCAAUGGUCGCGAGACAGGGUUUACCGCGCCUGCUUAAUGUUUGGUCAGUAACUGUUGUGUCAGUGGAUACAUUACAUAUUCUUUGCUUGGAACAGGAUAAUUUAUUUAUUGCCUUAUGAAUUUCGAAAGCAGUACUUGAAAAUUUUAAUCUGAUUUAUGUGACUUUACUUUUAUUGUUAUGGAAAUAAUUUUUUGCGUGUUUGACGAGUACGAUUCCCAGCUGCUGCUUAAAUGUUGCCCCUCAAAGGACCGUAAUUAAAGCCAAGCUCAUGAAAUUAGUGAAAAGCUUUCCUUUCUUCUCAACGAACGGUAACUUUGCCUGAAGAAUUUGACUGUACUUCAUACAGGCUAAACAUUAGUUGUGGGUUGUCUAAUACAAGCUUUUCAAGACGACAGUUGUUGUUCUAUCCUAUCCUUGCCAGAUGCUUUAAACGUGCGAUUGAUUUUUCUGGAAAGUUGGUUUAGGAAUCUUUGGAUAAAUUUCAACCAUCUAUCCUCUGUGACCGGAAUUUCAGUAUAUUUUUUCUCUUAUCAUUGAUGAGAUUUCAUUCUUUUCAUUCUUUUACAGACAUAAACAAGGAUAGCCUUGAUCAGUAGGUUUCUUUCUGUAACCGAUCCCUGAGAGUGAGGUCCAGAAGAUGGACACAGUCCACGUUUAUGGGCAUUCAUUUUUUGUCUCUCUUUGCCACAUGAGGUGUCCUAGCCAUGGAGAUUGUUGGUUAGCCUAGAUACCCUUACAGUAUGAGGCACGGUUUAUACCUAGAUCAUGACUUAUUCAUGGAUAACUAUACUAUUUGCCACUAACUGCAUAACUUUUACUCAGUUGAUAGGUUGCUUGUUUACAUGUUUAUCAGUGCGUGAUUUCAUGUCUCCUCUCAUCUUUUUUGAAGUGGUAGUCAAAUUAUUCUCAUACUCAUUGUCUCUCAAAUACUGACAGAGAAAUUAUAUCCAUCUAUAUUUUUUUAAUGUCUUCAUAAUCGUGGAAUUUUUGCAGAUGAGUUCUGAAGUUUGAAGUUAUCUGGUGAUUCCUCAUAAAUCCGUAUUUAAAAAUUUUGAAAAAUGAUGAAGGAUGAAAGAACAUUCGACAUGAGUCACUGGGUUUAAAAUACCAAACGUAAUGACAUCAGUUGAAUCGUAGGACUAAGUUAUCGUAUGCUGGUAAAAUCGUCAAAUGCAUUGCAUGGAUUAGAACAGUGUGAAAACAUUGCCCAAGCCAUGAUGAAGAUGACAUAUAAUGGCUGUACGUCUAUCCUUAGUCCGCUCCUACUCUUUAAUGCUCUUUUGUAGCAUUCCGAAAAAGUUCCAAAUGGGAACCUCACAUGUUACUUUGUGCACUGCUGUCAACACUUUUGACUUCCAUAUUUCAUUGCCCAGGGAUAAAAGGAUCUGCAAUUUAGUUUAACAAUAUUGAUAACUUCUUCCUAUCAAAUAAAGCAUCCUAAGAAAGUUUUGAUGGUUAUUCUUCCUGGUAGGAUUUUUCCACGACAUGUUUAUGUUCUUUCAAGUAUAUAUUUGACCCUAUGAGAUAGUGUUUCAGGGUUUCCUGCCUGUGGUAGGGAGUUUGAAGUCAAAGAAAAUUCCUUUGUUAGUAUUUUCGAUGCUGGCUAUGUUAAGAUGAAUUUCUGUCUUGUUUACUUAAGUUUGCUGUUAGCACAGAGGCUUAAGGUCAGAAAUUAUGAUUGCUCUUCAUAACCUGAGACUUUGACGUCUUAAGAUUUAUGUUAAAAGAUGGCAUCAUUACUUGGAAGAACACAGAAGUCCUCUAGGUUAUGGGUGCAUAGACCGUGGUAUUCUUGUCUAUUUUCUCUUUUUUAUGAUAAUAAAAUCGGGCUAAGUUGGUCACGUUAGUGCUAGAUUCGACUACAAUCCCAGUUGUGGCUGAUCUUACUUGGAUUGGCUGGUCCUCGUGAAAGGGUGGCACUGCUCGAGGAAGCAAACCAGAGAGUGUCAUCUAUACCUUACUAUCAGAGUUGGAUGAACUAGGAACAAAAGGAAGAAUAUACAUGAAAUACCCUGUGAUCUGCUAGCCACUGGUCAUUGGCUGUCCAUUUCUUGAACUUCGCUACAUUUGGUGCACUGUACGACCGAGAAAAAAGUUUAAUAAGUGCUGUAUUCUAUUAGAAAAACAUUUGCAUGGAUUUACAUUGCAUCUAUACCACGUUUAGACGAAGGUAAGCUAGCAGUAGCGUUAUACCUUAUGUGAGAAUAGGUUUCGGAGUUGAUUGUGUUAGGUUAUUGGGCUCAAAUUUGAGAAAAACAUAUCGCCAUGCAAUUUAUGAUCAGCUCCAAAAGAUAUAAAAUAUUCAAGUAUUUGUGAUACUGGGAACUUAGUGCAAUGAAUCUUUUGUAUCUGUGGUAGGAUUUUUGGUUGCUUCCUUCUAUAUUAGGUUCUCAUGUAAUGUGUUAAUUAUUUUUUGUGCAGCACAAAACAAUCAUCAGACAAGGCAUCUUGCAAAGAUUUUAAUACAUUUAGUCUGGAGCCUACAAGAGUCCCAGUCAAAUUCCACUGUUACUUCCACAGUUUCUUCAAAGGCUGUUAAUGCUGCAUAUAUCUCGUCAAUCUUUCUUAAAUACUUUAUUGAAAACGCAAAGAUUCAUAACUUUGAAGAUUUGUAUCUUGAAAUUGAUGAAGGUGAGACAAAACCAGAAAAUUUUCCAAAAGGUAAGUGGUUUCCCAUUAAUUGAUUUUAUUUAAUAUACAGUCGUGUAAAUGUUCAUCUCAUGAUUAGUAGUAUGAUAUAUUUACACGUUAAUUUCAGAGACUAAUGGAGCUUCUCUUAAAUAAAAAAUUGUGUUUUACUUCCAAAGUAUUCUGCUUUUGCUUCCCCUAUUACCAGCAUAAACAAGUUUUCACCAACAUGUGAGCCUUUGUAUGUCAGAAGGUAUGAGGGCUCACAGUUUGCUUCAUUUUUUGCAGAUGAAAACAUUCCUCAGUUUGUUAUGCGCAGUGUGCUCAGUUUUAUUAGUGAGUCUGAUGUAAGGUAUAGUUUUAGUUAAUUUGAUUUUUUUAUUUCUUUAUUUUGCGAUUUUGUCCUGUGCUCUGGUUUUGAAUCAUGUUUCCUUUUAAGUCCUCAGUCAUGCCUCGUCCACUAUGAACUUUUGAACUUCAUGUUUGUGGCCAUGUCGACUCAACUGCGUUCUGGGCCAAUGCCAGGGCCAGACGAUGCUCAUCCAUUUAUUGAUGCAGCCAUGGUUCAGGUGAUAAUUUCAAGAUUGUCAUUUUAUGACAGCUGGAGUUUAUGAGGAGAGAAACGUCUCACCUCUAAUUCUUGAAGUUUUUUUUUUUAUGCAGGAAGGUGCUCUUAUCUCUUCUGUGGUUCGUAGAUUAUUGAUCAACUAUAUUACUCGGCCUCGCAUUUCUUUUAAUGAUUCUAGCUAUCCCAUUUUGACGGAAGAAAUGCAACCUGGUGUUCUUCAAAGAUUUGGUUCUGCUGCGGGUAUGAGUUUUGAAACAUCAGCUUCAGCUUGAGUUGUAUCUCCUUUCUUGGUAUACUUUGAUUGGUUGAUAGUGGUUUCAGCAAUGUACAAUUGAUUUGUUAGUGGCUUCAGCUCUAAUUAUAUCUCUUUUCUUGGCAUGCUUUGUUUCUGCUUGAUCUGUGUGACUUCCUGGAAAUGAUCACCUUGUACUCCCAGGCCUGCUGCUUUAUUAGUAGUUGUCUCAGUUCCUAAGAAAACCAACAGAAUAGACUGACUUAAGGCAUUUUAGAAUGACUCCAAUAAUGGAAUUAUGCAUUGCGUCACAUGUUUUUAUGAGUACUCAAGGUUGAAAGACUGAUGUUUUAGUCCAUUGGACUUGUGAGUAUGAGCACAAGAGUUUGCUCCCCUUCAAACAAAACAAUGGGUUCUAAAUUACUUUUCUGGAGGAAGGGGUUCAUUAUAUCUCCAAUUCUAUCAAAACUUGUAGUUAAAGAUACUUGAGAGAUAUUCUUUCAUGACCCGUAAACAACUAGAAAAAACGGAUUUCAUACCCCAUAAUAGUUACAAAAGGAUCAGAUUCUUUCUUCUCUACACGACAUAAAAAAUCACAUUUCUUGCUGUGAAAUCUGGUCGUAACUCUUACCCACAUGGUUGAAAUAUGAAAAUGGGCCAGGAUACAUGCACAUUUUUGCCCUCAUAAUACAGAUUGAUCCCAAUCUGAUCAAAUAUUUCAGCAACUGCUAUGUUGAAUCAUACAUUGACUUUUAGCGUAUUGGCAUUUACAACAUCUCAGUUUGAGCAAAGAUUUCAAAUUGACCGCUGGAAUUCCUAGCGUCAGUUAGCUGAGUGUAUGUGACGUUUUGUAACUUAGUAAUGCAAACUUAGCAACACAAUUUUGCACAUUUCUGUGACAGUUUGUUGAACUUCCAGUGGCCAAGAGGUGCUGAAAAUUAACUUUUAGUUUGUUUGACACUUCAGAAAUUUCAUGUCCUUCAUCUUUAUCGUUUGUAAAAUGAUUUGACAGAAAAUGAGGAAAAAUCAAUGGCUGGCCUUUACUUUCCCUCUUUUAACUAGCAAAUGCUUGGAGAAUCACCUCACUGCUUCCCAACCCAGGAACUGAUGUGUUAACAUGCAAUAUCAGCUAUAAGUGGAAGUUCAACUAAUUCAAACCAUAUUUCGUACCCAACACAGCUACUUGUUUUCAGCCAAGCAUCCUCAUCACGUCUAUACUCUUUACACCUUGAACUGUAGAGGCAAUUAAAAGAGCUCGACAGGCUCCUUCAAAAUCUGAUCUUUAUGCAAGAAGAUUGUCAAAAAAAUAGAAACAUUGGGCCUCUGUUUGUUAUGUUAGUUCUUUUCGACUUCUAUUGUAGUGCUGCACAAUCUUUCUUGGGAUACCCUGAAUCAGAAUAUCACAAGAAGAUGUUGCCAUUUUUUUCGGGAACUAAAUGACUCAGAUUUGCAUUUCAGCAUUUUGAAGAUUGCAUAUUCACCUUGAUUGAUUCCGCUCACUGCCGUUGUGAACAUAUUUAUGUCUAGCUUGAGAUCAUCUCAUGUAUGCCAAAAAGUACCAGAAUAUUCGCGCUCUCAGUGUCUCCUCUUUUGAAACACAUUUCAUGUCCUCCGUUUGAUGGUAUACAAACUUGAAAAUUUCUCUGCAAUCUAUAUUCUAUGUAUCAACCUUUUUGUGACGUCUAGACUAUCCCCUGAAUACUUUGAACCCGAGAAAAUAAUGAAUCCUGUGAAGCAUUGCCUCAUCUAAACAAGGAGUUCUGAUCAAUAAGUGGGUGGAAACCUCAGAAUCAGAUGCUAGCAGUUGUUCUUUGAGUAGGAUUCAAGGAGAAUUAAAUCAGUUAUUAAUACUGUUGACCACCACGUGGACGGUAUUAAUGUUAACUUCUUACAUGCCAGUAUCCACACCUCUAGUACAUUUUAAAUGUCCUCGUUAGUGACAUGAAGAAAUGCCCUUGUAAAAUAACUGAAAACACAUUGUGAAAGGGUAGUCUUUUGGUCAGCCGGAAGUUGGAGUAGAAUAUUGUUAAGAAUAUACCAGUGGUAAUGGCUCAUGUGCUGCGGAUACGGGCCAUGCUACCAUGAAACUAAUACAUAUGGACAUGUUUUUGGCAUGAUGAUUACCCUGGAAUUUUAAUCUUAAGCAUGUUGUCUGUUGAAUUUAAAAUGACACCCUUUAGGAUUGCCCUGUGAGAAAUUUAGUUGUACCUAUCCUUCGAUUUUCAGAAUCUGCUGAAGAUUAUCAAAUGGUUUGGCAUUGCUCUCUUCUUUAUGUAUCCUUAAUAACCUUACCAAUGAUAACACGUCGAUCAAUUCUCCAAUUCGCCCUAGUUUCACCAUUGGCUCAGAAGAAAAGGGAUAUCAUGAACGUUCAGACGGAAGCUGUUUGUUCUUUAAUGAAGUUUCAUUAUACAUGGGGUGUAAUUCACAGGUUAUUGAUAUCUGCCUCUUAAAGGAACCUGGCUGUCUCUUCUUUCAUGUAUGAGCAGCUCGUAGUUUACAUAUUUACCACAAUGUUUUCACUCUGUUGCAUGUUAGUAGUUUGGUCACUUAUGUAACAACAUGGUUAUUUUCAACAUGGUUAAGUAUAAGGAUCAUUGAUCAUAUCAUGCUACUACACUAUCACACGUUGCAGUUUAUUCAACAUGGUCAUCUUCAUGUUAUUCAUUACUUUCAUCUACGUUUUCUGUCCAUCCUUUCUUCAUUUAGAGCUACUACAGAAAAGCUGUCAACCUUUUUAUUCCUGGGAAACUUCCUUGACUCUCUUAUAAACGGUUUUCAUUUCCUUCAUCUCCCAUUAUUGCCCGUCUCCAUUAUCUUUGAUCCUUUUUUUGUCUUCUCACGCGUUCACUUGUCUUCUCCAAUAUUCUGCCUAUUCAACAUAACCACUGAUUUAAAUCUGAAUCUAGUAAGUGGACUUUAAUAUCUACUUUCCUUCGGGCCAAGUAAUUUGUGUUUUAUAUCUUCACAUUUAGAUUACCAUACCUAUAUAUCUAAAAUGCAUUUUGUUAUGACAUCUUGAUUAUUGAACCGAAUUGGAUACUUUUUUCUUACUCAAAUCAUGCCUUAUAUCCUGUAAUGAUCUUCUAAAUGUUGCAACCUUUAGAUUGAUGCUUUCUCAUAAGCCUAACUUCUAUUAUAAUUCGAUUUCUGUCAUAUCUGUUACCACUAGACUAUGUUAUAGUCGGCUGCUUUUUGAAUAAAUGGAAUCUUAUCAUUCUAGAAAAGGAGAGGAUACACACACACACACACACACAUAUAUAUGUUCAAGGCAUCCUUUUUACAAGCCUUUCCACUUGCUCACAUUCCUGAUAUCAGCCAUCACUGCUUGACACAGAUCAAUGUUAAACUGCAAUUCGAACCCUCUUUUUCUCUAGUAAUACAAAGUAGUAUUCUCUCAUAUCAAUGCUAAGUUGAUGGAUGGUUUGCAAAGGUUUUUUCAAUAUUGUUCAUUAAUUAAGUUUAGAGAAAUGGACCAUUCUUUCACUUAAUUUUUUUUGUAUGACGUAAUUUUUCAUUGUUCAAUCAUCCAAAAAUUCUGAAUGUUUUUUUACACAAUAUAAUCUCGUAACUGUGAUACUUUCUUAUGCUCAUCACGUAUUAUACUCGAUUAUGGUUUCUUCAUUUACGCUUGCUAUUUUCUUUGAGAAAAGGUUUGCAUGUAAAUAAAUAUGAGAGAGUUAUAUGCUGGAAGUGAGUUGGGACUUUAAUUUCCAUGUUAUGCUUCUAUAGUUGUCAUUUGUGGUUCCAUUAGUGAAUAAAAAUUUUCAGACUGAAAAUUUUGAUGAAAUUUUGGCAGCUAAUUUUGUCCUGUUACCAUAUUAUACUUUCAACUAUCUUCUCAAUUCAAGUGCCGAUGGAUCUAGAAGUCUCUUGGCAGACAACAGCCUGCUGGUAUUACUGGUCCUAAUUCACUAUCGAAGAUGUGUGUUGAUGGACGGUUCCAUAAAUAACUAUGCAGUAGCAGAUGCAGCCCCAAAUGUUCCUUCCAAAGACGGUUCAUACUUUUCAAGCAAUCCUUACUGCAAGGCCUUGGAAAAUGCCAGGGAUAUUGAAUGUGACAUCUGUGCUCUUUUUAUUGAGACUGUAUACUUUCCCUUGCCUUUCUGCUUGUUUCUGAAGAAUAUCUUAUUGCAGUUGAUCGUGUAGAUGUCGAGGGGAAUGCCCAGACUGGGCCUCUGGUGAGAUUGCCGUUUGCUUCAUUAUUUGAUACCCUUGGAAUGUAAGUGCUGGGGUCUUCUUUGUUAACCAUACAUUUGGAUAUCAUCUUCUGCAUUGUGGAUGCAUGGGAAUCAGAUUUAAAAAGUAUUAUCUCUUUAAUUGGCUAUCUCUGUUGACUUAGCUCUCUUGGUUUUAAAGCUGCAAGUACACAACCUCAUGAAGGUAAUAAAUGGAUUAGACGAAUCCUAUCUAGUUGCUGACAGUGCUGAUGUGUUCUUUUCUUCGCACUAAAUUGUGAAAUAAAAAAAGCUGAUGGUGCUUACUCUCCCACUGCUGGUUCUUCUGAAGGAUUGAAGGUGUUUCCUUUAAACGUAAAAAACUAUAUAAAGUAGUGAGAGAUGUAACACCCUUUUGAGAUGCACCCAACGUGUUCUUAUCCUACUGCAUUGGCAAAUCUGUCUUUGAAUACUCUCGUAACAGGAUAACAAAACCCCACCAAGGAUGCUUGGAUGCACCCAAUGAAGAGGGAAAUUGGAUCCCUGAUAAUGGUUUUAGAACAGUUGAGUCUAUUAAUGAUGAAUUCGCAUAUGCACCGAAAGGUGGGAAACCGAGUUUCUACCACCAGUAGCAGCCACCUUUUUCCCUUUAUUUGCCACUUUGCAUCUCUUCUUCCUUUACUUGUAGAGGACCCAUAAUGCAUUCGAUCCCUUUCCUUUGUAACCUUUUUCUCCAGGAGCAGCAGCACUUUGCAGACUUCAAUCUUCUUCUUACAUUCUUGGGUGCCAUAUAAAAUCAUGUAACUCCAUGGGCUGUGGUACCUAGUGCGUAGUAAGUCUUCCAUCAUGUCGACAAGUUAUCCUUUUUUUAAUACUUUUUUAUAAGAAAGGUUCAGUCAGUGUAUCAGAUUGGUCUAUCUGGCAAGCGCAAUCCAAUGUGUCUAAGUUGGAAUCAGGCCUAGUUAGACUCUAGUCCUUCAAUUACACUUUCUUCUCCAUUUUAUGGUAUUCUCAUCGCCAUCAUUAAGUUGGCAAAACUUUUCAUCAGUAAUUUGACGCUUAUAUCUUCCGUGACAUAAUUUAAUUUAUUAUCUCUUUGAAUUUAUCAACGAAAAUACUAAAUAAUCAUUUGAAAGUUGAGAUGGGAAAUUUCCAUAUUACUACUACCUGAGUGAGUCAAGUACUGAACUCUUUACAGUAUUCGUCAACAUGCUGAGAACUUGCUGCACUAAUUUGAUUUAUUUGAUUGGGACAACUUUUUGGAAGAAAAUGUAAGUUUUAUGAGUUGAAAUUAUGAAUCGAUUUGUUGUGCUUUGAUUUAUUGAUGUUUUAUGACCUUCGUUGGUGUUUCCUUUUUUUUUUUCUUGGCGCUAUCUUUUCCUCUCAAUCCUCUCAUGUUCCUUGGAGGAUCCUUAUUGGUUUCGUAUCAGCAGGUGCUUGUCAGAUGAGAAUUCUGUCUUAUUGCUUUACUCUUUGGUGUAUGGGAACUCAGACUUCUUGGAAUAUGUUUUCGUGCGGACUGAUCUUGAUACGCUGGUAUGCAGCAGCAUUAACUCUUUGGUAUUGCAAUUUUUUUUCUUGAUAUUUUGGUAGUUUUCUUGUUUUUUCUCUGACGCAUUAUUUAUUUGAAUGGGAUGGGCAUUCCACUGAUUGUGGUUUAAGAUUCUGAAUCACUCUAUUUUAAGUUAUCAUAAUUUUUUUAUUUUUUGCACGAGCGAUUUAAACAUUUCUAGUAACAGUAAUGUUUUUAAUAAUGCAAUCCCCAGUUGAUGCCGAUUUUGGAAACACUCUAUAAUGCUUCAAGGCGGACAUCAAAUCAAAUCUAUAUGCUGUUGAUUAUUCUUCUCGUACUGAGCCAAGAUUCAUCUUUCAACGCCAGUAUACAUAAGCUGGUAACACUACUCAAAUAUUUCAAAGAAUGUCGCACUUUUUGUGAGCAUACUAAGUGAACUUAUGAACUUUAAUUUUUAGGUACUGCCAAGUGUUCCAUGGUAUCAAGAACGUCGCCUUCAUAAUACUUCUCUUGGUUCCCUGAUGGUUGUUAUACUCAUCAGGACUGUUAUGUAUAAUAUGUCUAAACUACGGGUAUGUCUUUUUCUUCAUUAGCGAGAUGUAUGAAUGCUCGUUAUUCUGCUUCUUUCUCCACAGCCAUGGUCAAUCAUGAACUGUUUAAGAUGUCUGAUGGAAUGUUUCUUCUGUCUCUGUUCUAUUGAAAACGUUAUUGCACCAAAUGGUGCGAAAUCUUGCGCUGUUGACUAAAAAUGAAGCAACUUAAUGCAGGAUUGUAGUGUAAUGUAUUAUGCAUCUCAAUGUCGUUCUUUAACUUGUUGAAAUAUGCGUUCCUAUGUUUUAUUAUUGUGAAAAAUGUUUUUCACAAAAGGAUGAAAAUAUUCUUGUUCUAUAAUCUUAAAGUCUUUGACUUGCCAUAUCUUGCUCAGGUGUGGGGUGCUGAUUUAUGAUUUUUUCAUUGCUUGCACGACAAUAUUUUAAUUAUUGCAGGAUAUUCUGACGAAUGAGGUAUCGUGUGUAAAUUUUUCAGGAUGUUUACCUUCAUACAAACUGUCUCGCAACUUUGGCAAACAUGGCUCCUCAUGUUCAUAGAUUAAGUGGCUAUGCAUCCCAAAGGCUGGUUAGCCUUUUUGACAUGCUGGGGCGCAAGUACGCUCACUUGUUAAUGUAGUGGUUUUUUUUGAGUCCCUUUACCUAGUGACUAAGCUUUACAGUUUUUUCAGGUACACAAAAUUGGUAGAAAUUAAGCAGGGUAAGGGUCCCCUUUCUAAAGGAGACCAAAUUGAAGGUGGCAUCAUUCCAGAUGAUGUGGUAACUUUCUUUGUCCCAUGGAUCAAUUGUAUUUGUUGAUUAUUGUGUUUUUUUCCUGGUCUUUUUUUGUUGAACAAUUGAUUUUGAAAUGCAGUCUGCAGAGCUUCAGAUUUACACUGAUUUUUUACGGAUUGUUCUGGAAAUUGUAAAUGCAAUACUAACCUAUGCCUUGCCACGGAACCCCGAGGUUUGUUUCCAAUUUUCUUCGAUCAUUACUUUCUCAAUUAUCAUCACAGUAGAGAAAUGUGAGGCAUUACAUUACAUUACGUGUAUUAGGUUGUAUAUGCGAUAAUGCACCGACAAGAGGUGUUCCAGCCUUUCCGGGAUCAUUCACGAUUCAGUGAGUUGCUUGAAAAUAUCUAUACAGUAAGCAAUCUGACGAAGAAAGCUGUGCCUCCUGUCUCUAGUUAAUUCAUGUUGAAGCUCGUUUAGCUAAUCAGGUUCUGCUUUGUACUUGAUAAUUUUGACAUCUAGGUACUGGAUUUCUUCAAUAGUCGCAUGGACACACAGCGAGUUGAUGAUGAAUGGUCCGUGGACAAAGUCCUGGAAAUUAUUAUUAUCAACUGCCGAUCCUGGCAUGGUGAUGGAAUGAAGGUUGGUUGCUUGUUCUAUCUAAUUGAGAUAGCCCUCUCAUUGCUCAAAGUUCUUGUGAAAUGCGAUUGCAAACUGUGGUUUCUGCAGAUGUUCAAUCAGCUGAAGUUCACGUACGAGCAAGAGAGUCAUCAUGAAGAGUUCUUUAUUCCGUACGUGUGGCAGUUGGUUCUUUCCACUAGGUAA